AUGGGCUCCUUUGCAACACUCGCACAACAACGCCUCAGCCAUCUUCCACAACCUUGUUUUAAUUCUUUAUUUUUCACAAGUACCGUAAUACCCGUACACACUUUACUUCGGUGCCUCUCUAAUACAGUAGCUGCAGACUUUGGAACAGCAUAUUCCGGGUGCUCAUACUUGUUUGGUGACAAUAUUAAAGAAAUUUCGGAUAUAACUGUAUGGCCCAAGUCUGACGGUUUUUACUAUCCCAAAGUACCAACAGCGAUAUACUAUGAAAGCUAUACCAGCAAACCAAUUGCAUGGGGACAUGAGGCUAUUCUUAAAGCAAAUAUGCAUAAUAGUACUGGACAUUUGAUCACCGGCUUCAAACUACUUCUUGAUACCAACAACGAAUCGACUAAUAUUCUUCCGCAUGGCUUGACUGCUGUACAAGUGAUUUCGGACUAUCUCCGUGAAUUCCAUGCAUAUGUUCACAAACAGUUAAAAAGGGAACUAUGUACACUUUAUGGUACUUCCAAGUUCAGGUAUUGCCUUACAGUUCCGGCAAUAUGGGAUGAUAAAGCCAAGGCUACCAUGAGAGAAGCAGCCAUUCUUGCUGGUAUUGUCGACCGAAGCGAUCACCCAGGCCGAUUGAUGCUUACCAGCGAGCCGGAAGCAGCUGCACUGUACUGUGAGAAAAUAUGUAAACACUUUAAUCUCACACACGGAAAGCGCUUUAUGGUAUGCGAUGCUGGUGGCGGCACCGUCGAUUUGAUUGUAUUUCAAAUAGAAGAAUACGCAGGCAUAAAAAGCCUUCGUGAGAUUACAAAAGGCUCAGGAGGUCCCUGCGGAUCUACUUUUUUGGACAACCGUAUGCGAGAUAUACUCAAAAGACGCUUUGGCUCUCAUGCUGAUGACAACAAAAGAACCAUAGAGCUUAUAAUAAAGGAAUUUGUUUCUUCAAAAAAGCCUGAAUUUGAAAACGAAGAUGUAUACUUCAGUGUACCCGCAAUAUUGAAUAUGGGAGGCCAUAACAUGUCCAGGGUUGGUAUACAUGAAGGCUAUUUACAAGUUACAGCUAAACAACUUCGAGAAGAAGUAUUUGAUCCAGUUGUUGAUCAAGUCUUAAGUCUGAUAUCUGGUCAGAUAAACCAAUCUCAAACGAAAAUCGAUGCAAUAAUUUUGGUUGGUGGAUUUGGACAGUCAAACUACUUGAGCAAUCGUAUCACAGACCUUUUCAAAAGCACGGUUGGAUCGAUAUAUAUACCGAAUCGGGGGGAAAUGGCUGUAACGCGAGGUGCAGUGAUAUUUGGAGUCGACCCUAGUAGAAUCUCACAUCGAAUACUACGACGUACAUAUGGGCUCCAAACCAAUACAAUCUUUAAUUAUGUACUGGAUGCAGAUAAAAGGUGCUAUUUGGUUAAUGGACAAGUAGUAUGCCAGGAUUACUUUUCUGUAUUCGUUUCAAAGGGAGAAUCCAUAGAUACAAAUCAAUGUUUUACAAAGCAAUUUUGUAUAUACUAUCCUGGUAUUUUGAACUUAGACAUGUUUGCCUACGAUUGCAGUCAAGAAACUCCAAGACAUGUUACUUCUCCGGGUGUUUGCCCAGUAGCUAAAUUUGCUGUUGAAAUACCUACUUUGCCGAAUGUCAAAAAAGGAGAUAAGAUUGGGUGUACAGCCAAAAUGUAUUUUGGUAAAACUGAGAUUAUUCUAGAAGUUGUAAUCUUGGGCUAUGCAUAUGUAUUUACUUCAGCUUUUGAUUCUCAUUGA